CACAAAUCAGAGUCAAAAGCAAAAGCAAAACAAAAACAAAAAUAACGUAGAGAGUUCGUCAUGGCAUCCGAAACUAGCCACCAAUUUCGUACUCCUCUUCACUUUGUUCUCUUUCCUUUUAUGGCUCAAGGUCACAUGAUUCCCAUGGUCGAUAUUGCAAGGCUCUUGGCUCAGCGCGGGGUGACUAUAACUAUAGUCACAACGCCUCACAACGCAGCCCGAUUCAAGAACGUUCUUAGCCGGGCCAUCCAGUCCGGCUUGCCCAUCAAUCUUGUGCAGAUAAAGCUUCCAUCUCAAGAAUCCGGUUCAUCGGAAGGACAUGAGAAUUUGGACUUGAUCGAUUCGUUGGGGGCUUCAUUAACCUUCUUUCAAACAACAAAUAUGCUCGAGGAACCGGUCGAGAAGCUCUUGAAAGAGAUCCAACCUAGGCCAAGCUGCAUAAUUGCUGACAUGUGUUUGCCUUACACAAAUAGAGUUGCCAAGAACCUUGGUAUACCAAAAAUCAUCUUUCAUGGCAUGUGUUGCUUCAAUCUUCUUUGUAUGCACAUUAUGCACCAAAACCACGAGCUCUUGGAAACUAUAGAAUCUGAAAAGGAGUACUUCCCCAUUCCAAAUUUCCCUGACAGAGCUGAGUUCACAAAAUCUCAGCUUCCAAUGCUCUUACCUACUGGAGAUUGGAAAGAGUUCCUUGACAGAAUGACGGAAGGGGAAAACACUUCGUAUGGUGUGAUUGUUAACACGAUUGAAGAGCUUGAGCCAGCAUACGUUAGAGACUACAAGAAAGCUAAAGCGGGUAAGGUAUGGAGCAUCGGGCCGGUUUCCUUGUGCAACAAGGUAGGAGAAGACAAAGCUGAGAGGGGAAACAAGGCGGCCAUUGAUCAAGACGAGUGUAUUAAAUGGCUUGAUUCUAAAGAUGAAGGCUCGGUGCUAUAUGUUUGCCUUGGAAGUAUAUGCAAUCUUCCUCUGUCUCAGCUCAAAGAGCUCGGGUUAGGCCUUGAGGAAUCCGGAAGACCAUUCAUUUGGGUCAUAAGAGGUUGGGAGAAGUAUAACAAGUUACUUGACUGGAUCACUGAGAGCAGUUUUAAGGAAAGAACCAAAGAGAGAGGCCUUGUCAUAAGAGGAUGGUCGCCUCAAAUGCUUAUCCUUUCACACCCUGCCGUUGGAGGAUUCUUGACACAUUGUGGAUGGAACUCAACUCUUGAAGGAAUCACUUCAGGCGUUCCAUUGCUCACUUGGCCACUGUUUGGAGACCAGUUCUGCAACGAGAAACUGGCGGUGCAAGUACUAAAAGGCGGCGUGAGAGUUGGGGUUGAAGAUGCCAUGAGAUGGGGAGACGAGGAGAAUAUAGGAGUAUUGGUGGAUAAAGAAGGAGUGAAGAGAGCAGUGGAAGAAUUAAUGGGUGAUAGUAUUGAUGCAAAGGAGAGAAGAAAAAGAGUGAAAGAGCUUGGAGAAUUAGCUCACAAGGCUGUGGAUGAAGGAGGCUCUUCUCAUUCCAACAUCACAUUAUUGCUACAAGACAUAAUGCAACUAGCACAAUCCAAUAACUGAUUGUAUCGUUUCUUGGUUUUAUCCAAAAAUGUAACGUUAGUUCUUGAUUACAUCUUUUCUAAAGAAAAAUUGAUAACAUUUCUAUUUUAUAA